UGUGAUCCAAAAGUUUUCCAGGUUUUCCAGGUUUAGUGUUUUCGCUCGUUUUGUGACUAACUGUCAUAUAAUGUUGUCUUUUCUUCUUUUCAGUCAGCCUCAAUAAACGAGUUUAGCUGUGCUUGACUGGUAAAAAUCCUCCCAAAACACAGAAAUGCGUGACAUCUUUUGAAUGUGUAGAAGGUUUUAAACAUCUCUGCGAUAUUAAAGUUCACAGGACUAUGAAUUAUUCAUGGCCGGGCGACGCAUGCACGUUUAAGCAGGUUACUUUCACAAAAAAUGAGCCAGAUAUCUGUCUGAAUUGCAUCUCAUUACAUUCUGACUUUCCCAUCUGGAGCCAGGGAAACAGAAUCCCAUCUAAUAUGGGUGUGUUGCCUCAGCAGAGAUAAUACUAAAUGAGAAAGAAAAAAAGCAAUAUUUGUUCAACUGAUGCGAGAUUUUUGUCGUUUCUUUACUUAAAAAAAUUCUGCCAUAAACGGAUUUGGUAAAGACAUAAAUUUGACACCAAAGUGAAGAAACUUAGAUAUCCGAUGUUCGAAAAUUCUUUAACACUAAAUAUACUCAGCUAAGAAUAUUUUCUGCCAGGGUUUCUGCCGGUUUCAGGUAAAAUCACUCCCUGAUUUCCUGAUUUUGGAGAAGAAUCAGAUCUGUCAGAUCACAAACGCCUCAAUUAACAGGCUGCAGUUUGGUUUGGGGGCGCUGUUGCCUCAUUAAAUUAGGGAAAAUGUCGUGAAGUGAUGUAGGUCAAAAGGCGCAGAGUGGAGAGGUUCCUGUGACUCCACCACCACCAGCUCAGCACAGCAGACACCAGCAGGGAAAGCCACGAGCUGGUUUUGCGCAUGGUCAGUUUCACCUCAGUCAUUUUUCCCCUCUCUCUCUCCCUCUCUCUCUCCGUCCUCUUCACUCAUCAUCAUCCAGCAGCAUCCAUCUCUCCGGAUGGCCACAGCCGUCGGAUUCCUGUCUGGUCGCGCCCUGGGCACCAGGAUUUAGCUGGUUUUAACUCUCCAUCACCGGGAGAAGUGUCAGCGCGACAGUGAUGACAGGAAGAAGAAAUGGGGAUGAAUAACCAUGAAGUGAGGAUGAAGCCGAGUGGAGGUCCAAUGAAGACAUGAGCACAUAUCGAUGGAGUCCUCUUUCAACACCGUAGAGCUCCGGGAGCUGCGAGGGAGUGGAGCCCAGCAAGGCCCAUCUCCGACACUGACUUCAGCACCCUGGACAGCAGCAACGCUGGGCUGCUCCGCCCGGGGCUUUGAGAACGCCUCCUACGAGCAGGAUGAGGAUCAGGACCUCCGUCAGCAGGAGCAACAGCCAACCACAAGUUAUCCGCCUUCCACAUCAGGAAACAGUAAGCAUCAUCAGGAGAUCUCGCCGCAGUCGUAUGAUGAGGAGGAAGGAGGCGGUGGAGCAGGUGGAGGUCAGGAGGACGGUCAGGACUUCACUGAAUUUCGCCCCGUUGAUGACCACUCGGCAGACUAUGGCUUCAUCUUGGCGCUGGUGUUCCUCGUGAGUGGGAUCGUCCUCGUGGUCAUCGCCUACACUAUCCCGCGGGAGCCCAAAGUCGACCCGGACUCAGUUUCGGCGCGGCAGAUGGAGAAGCUGGAGAUGUACUACGCCCAGCUUGGCUCCCACCUGGAUAAGUGCAUCAUCGCGGGCCUGGGCCUGCUGACCCUGGGAGGGAUGUUCCUGUCCGUGCUGCUCAUGGUGUCCAUCUGCCGGGGUGAGAUGUACCGACGCAGGGCGGCAUUCGUUCGACCCAAGAGGACUUAUGGCUCCAUCAACCUGAGGAUGAAGCAGCUGGCGACUGGAGAGGCGGGCUUAGGUGACGGCGGGGAUGGAGGCGAGGAGUUUUUGGUGGAAUGCGCAGAGACGCGGAAUAACGUACAGCCAGAGCCGAGCCGGGACUCCAAAUCAGAACCAGGACCAAGCAAAAACCCUCCUACUUCUCUUCCUGCUGCUUCUUCUUCUGCUGCUGCACGUGGAGUCAACUAGCUCCACCCUCUGCCUUUCUCUGCGUGAUCCCCCAGGUGCAUUAUGGGGAUGCAGGUUGCCCUUUUGUGCCGAGGGGAGAACCACAUCUUAAGCAAGAGGCUUCCCGCCGGAGCUGUUACCCGGCAUGUAGGGAUGAGCUGAGCUUAAAGGAUAUUUAUUCUGACCAAUCACAAGGGAUGUAUGACUUUACAAAAGAGGGCUCAACUGGGUGGAAGACGAGAGGUAAGCCUGUGGCAAUGUGGAUAAGAGCACAUGUGGACAUGAACGGAUGCAUAUCAAAGAUUAAAAUGAAGAUUUCUAGUAUGUUAAUCAGAGUCAUACAAUAUAAAGCACAUUAUGAUAUAAAGCACCGCAGAAAGUAAGAUUAACAUUUUAUUGUGAAAAUUCUUUACUGAUGCUGAAAGGAAGUUCAGUAUUUAAAUCUAGCCAUAUUUUAAGCCCUAACCAGCAGGUUUACCUUAACACACUCACACUAAAUACUUGGCUUGUAAUGCUGCUGUGACUAGCACUAUAACAGACUUCAGAGUAAAUUACUGUAAAAGAAAGAGCAACUCGCUGUCAUACAAAAAACAGAGGCAACAGUUUUGAAAGCUUGGCGACGUUCACCUCCAGCCAUUAACACAGAAGAUUAACCACAGAAAACCCUAAAAAAAGCUUAAAAUGUUCAGUUUAAACCUGCAUUAAGCAAAAUAAGUGAUUGAUUAAAAAGAUGGGACAGAGCUCGUUUGGCUCCUUUUAGCUGCUUGAUUUGGUUUUCUGGCCGCACAGACAGAUGUGGUUUAAUGUUGGGAGGUGGAUUUAAGCCGGAAAGGUUCUCAUUUCGUUCCAUCUGAUAUUUCUGUGACUUAUAAUUGACAAAUUAUAAUUGACUUUUUUGUAGUAAAACUGUCUUUGCUUACUUGUAACAUAAAAUUAAUAUAAAAAUCAUAUAAUUGCUGAUUUUUGUGCCCACAUGAUUAAUGGCACCUGUUGGAGUUUGUUUUUGAUCUUUUUUAGUUGCUAAAAGCUCCACCGUGUUCCCACUUCAUCCCGUUUGAUGUUUGCCUUUUUUUCUCUAUGAUACCAGCCUGCUGGGGCUGAUCAGAGUUGUAGAGUAACAUUAUGAUUCAUUUCUGCUUGUGUUUAUGAUUAUUUUUUUCCUUCAUUAUUCCUUCUCUUUAUCUUAGUACCUUGUUCUUUUGCUGCUCAUCACUGCUCUGUGGUCACCAGCUCACCUCUGGCUUUGUCUAUCAGGGUUUUGACACCAACCUAAACAAGAAGAAAUCUUUUACAAAGCUCAGAAAAUCUAAGAGGAGCUGCAGAUUUAGCUGAUAAUGGGUCUGACGCUGCAAGCUUUCUUAAAUUUCCAGUUAAUUUAUUGUAAUUGUAAAGGUGUCGGGUGAAAUGCUCAUGUUCAGAUGAUAAAAAGAAAGUUUUUCUUAAAAUCACAGAUUCAUCACAGCUGUUUGUGUCUUUGUUGAUAUUCUGUCAGCAGAUUUUUACUAGAGGCAGAAAAAAAACCUCCACGGGGAACUUAUAAGCCAUCAAAUAUUGAUUCUCUUAUUGGCCUCAAACGUCCAGAAUCCAUCUGUCUAUAACCACACAGCACAUGCUGCUGCUUUCACUGUAAGUACAGAAAAUGGCAGCCCAGUGAGAAACACUCCUCUGUGCAUUGUCUGUCUUUAACUCACCAGCUUAAAAGCUGAUUAUGCCCCCUUGUGGUUAGAAAUUGCUUAAUGCAGCUUUAACGUUUGGCUGGAUGCAGCGAGAUACAUAUUACCCAGAAAGCAUUGCACCAGGCGUCAAAGAGCACAGUCGUCUGUAAUGAUUUCUUUUAUUUUCUUAUUUUUCUCUUUGACAAACAGUUUCUGAGUGGAUCUUGGUUGGAAAUCACAGCAGACACUAGAUGAAGGGAAAACAAUUAGUUUGUUGUUAUUUUGUUAUUGUUUUGUUUGUUUGUUUGUUUGUUUGUUUGUUUGUUUGUUUGUUUUAUCACAGAAGCAUUUCAAAAUCAAAAUUUUAAGCCACAAUGAUGAGUAAUUUAACAGGGGUCACAUUCAUUUUUGCAAACAACAGAACCAAAAAAGAAAAUGUGUAAAAAUCGACUUCUCCAACAAGCCUGUUUUACAUAAAAAGUGUCAGUGAAUGCAGCAUCAACAAUAAGUAUCGUGUCACAUAUCCGGUGUCUCGUGCUGCAUCAUCCAAAACUGUUGCCUCAUGCUUACUGAUCAGCAUUUUCUGUGAGCAUCACCUUCCACAGCAGAGACUCCAUCAGAGAGUGAAACUUCAUCUAUAAGCAGCAGCUGAUUCUCCAGAACUUGAAGUCAUAUUUAUAUAAAACUACCCUGUGCUACACACUAGACUUACAUAGACUUUAUGGUUUCUAUAAUUUGAAAGUGCGCAUGAACUUUUUUAGACUGAGCAGUUUUUAUGAUCAGUGGUGGACAAACACUUCAGAUCUUUACUUAAGUAAAAGUACUAAACACAAGAAAAAAGUCCUGCGUUGACUCGAAGGGGACCUGUUGUGUAAAUCCUUAUUUUCUGUCAUAUAUCCUGUUACAGUGAUGGAAAGUCACAAUACUCAGCUUUGGUCUGUAUGAAGUCACAAAGAAAGGAUAUCCUUCAUAUGGUCAUUUCAUUCAGAGAGCACAGAAGCCCCGCCCACCUGCCUUUAAAUAUAUUCUAUUUUUAAGGCAACGGCGAGUUUAAAAUAAGUAAGGAUUAUUUUGAACUUUAAAUCAUGCAAAGCUAUUUUGGUAGAGAACAAAAAUAUGAAGCAUGGUGUGAGCAGAAUUGGCUCCCUUGAUAGUAAUUGUGCACAUUUUGCAAACUUCACGAUGAUUACAAAGCACAGAUCCAUUGUUUGGUUUGUAUACAUUUAGAAAACCGAGAGUAAUGUUGGUGUUAAAGAGAGUGAGUGUUUAUUUUAUCGAAUAAUAAACUGUAGCAGAAAAAAUGGUAAUAAAACAAUUUAAAGGACAUGGGACAAAAAUAAUUAACUUCUAUAACUUAAUGUGUGAGCUCCACUUGUGUUUAAUUUAUAAUGAUCCCUAUAAACAGAUUCUGUGUGAGUAUGCAAACAUUUUUGGGACAGGAAGCCUUUUGGUUUCUGUUUGUAGUCCAGAUUUUGGAUAGAUGCAGGUAAACAGUUCAUGUAGAGAGAAAAUGCAGGAUUACAUUUGUCAAAGUAUAUUAGAUAACCAUUGUGUAGUAUCUUAUGACAGUUAGUUUUUUAUUAACUAUAAAAAAAUUAAAAAUGGAAAUCGUGGCCUGGCUGGUACCACAAAAUUAGCCAUUAUCCCCAGUGGCUAAGUUAUCAGACAUCCCAGUGGGUUCCCAGAUAUUAUUACUAGUGCCUACACAACAUCCAUCCAUCCAUCCAUCCAUCCAUCCAUCCAUCCAUCCAUCCAUCCAUCCAUCCAUCCAUCCAUCCAUCCCCUUAUCCAAUUCAGGGGCACAGGGGAGCUGGAGCCUAACCCAGCUGUCACAGCGCAAAAGCCCGGGUACACCCUGGACAGGUCACCAGACUGUUGCUUUAUUUUGGUGUUUAUCAUAAUGAUAAAAAUAAUCAUAAAAGUAACUUCAGCUGCCAAAAAAUACAGUGCAGAAAAACUAAAGUAAGCUCCACUGAAGGUAAAGUACCUCAGAGUUGUACUGAAUUAACUGUAUUUAGUUACACUCCACCACUGAUUAUAAUCCGAACGUCUAUGAAAGAGUCAAAGCCUAAAAAAAGCUGAUUUCAUUUUAAAGAAGAAACAUUAAAGUGACUUGUGGAUGUUUUUGAGUGGAUUGAACCUUUAAUGACACCACUUAUUUGUAUUAUAUGUACACUGAUGUUAUUUAUGUCAUGUAAGGAUACGAUAUGCCUUAACAAGUAAACACCGGCACUGUACAUUGUGUAUACACUGAUAUUAUUAUGCUAACGUAUUACGGUCUGUAUAGUGAGCCAGUUAGCCAAGGGUAAUGUAGCCACACACACACACACACGCACACAUUAUUGAGUCCAGCUUACAGUGGCGCACACACUGA